UCGAGCCAAGGGCAGUAUUGGCCCGCUCCGUUCAACGAAGUGGUUGCUUUUUUGUUCCGGCAAUGAGUUGCACCGGGGCGGCGGCGGCUCCUUGCCUGUGGCGGCUGCGCCAGGGCGCCCGGCGGUCGCUCUCAGCUUAUGGAAGAAGAAUCAUUGUCAGAUUUCGCAGUUCAGGAAUGACCUUAGACAAUAUCAAUCGGGGAGUUGUGGAUCGAAUAAUCCGGGUGGAUCAUGCAGGCGAAUAUGGAGCAAACCGCAUCUAUGCCGGGCAGAUGGCCGUCCUGGGUCGGACAAGCGUCGGGCCGGUCAUUCAGAAAAUGUGGGAUCAAGAAAAGGACCAUUUGAAAAAGUUCAGUGAGUUGAUGGUUACGUUCAGGGUCCGGCCGACAGUUCUGAUGCCCUUUUGGAACGUGCUGGGGUUUGCGCUGGGGGCAGGGACUGCCUUGCUCGGGAAGGAAGGUGCAAUGGCCUGCACCGUGGCAGUGGAAGAGAGCAUAGCACAUCACUACAACAACCAGAUCAGGAAGCUGAUGGAGGAGGACCCUGAAAAAUAUGAGGAACUUCUUCAGGUGAUAAAGAAAUUUCGGGAUGAAGAGCUUGAGCACCAUGACACAGGCCUUGAACAUGAUGCUGAAUUGGCUCCAGCCUAUGCCGUCCUGAAGAGCAUUAUCCAAGCUGGAUGCAAAGUGGCGAUAUAUUUAUCAGAAAGAUUGUAAAGUGCGUCCAGUUAUGCCUGUCUAUAAAAGAUGAUAGUAAUUUACCAAGUGACAUUUGCAGAGAAACAAGUGUACAGUUAUCAUUGUACUUUUGUACAAUGUGAAUUUUGUUAAUUAAAUUAUGAGGUUUCUUUUAAAAAAAAAAAAAACUACAGUGUUGAUUUUUCUCUGGGUUGUGUUUUCUGCCAUGAGACCGACAGGUCACCAGCCUUGUUCAAGUCACAGCAAACGAAGCUGAACCUUGUUUGGUCUCAUACUUAAUUUUCUUUUAUAUACAUGUUUUUCUUUUACAUAUGUGUGUGUGUGUGUAUAUAUGUAUAUACAUUUUUUUUUUUUUUUUUUUUUUGGAGACAGGGUCUCACUCUUUUGCCCAGGGUGGGUCACAGCUCACUGCAGCCUCGACCUCCC